AUGGCAGCACGAGCACGAAAGCGAACCAAUGCUGCUAAUGCUGCUUCUAAUGCUGCUGCUGCCAAUAAUGCAGCGACACAAAACAAGCGUCGCAAACCCACCAACACGCAACCAUUGGGUUUGAAAUUAAUGGAUGACAACAACAAUAGCAGCAGCAGCAGCAGCAGCAGCAAUGCCAAUGAUACCAAUGGUACCAAUGAGUCCACCGUCGUUCGACUCUACGUUGGCAACAUUCUAGGACGAAGACCCACCAAGCGUGUUCCAGCCAACAUUGUCACUCCAGUCCGUCCAGUCGACAUUGGCAUUGUCGAUUGUCACAUUCCACGCAAACUCUUGCAGGUCUCUCGAGUCACUCCCGAGACUUUGGAAUUGGACGUCUUCUUUGACCGGACCGAGCCAAACAACGAAAAGGCCACCAAGGCGCAUCGAAAAUGUGCCAAACUGGCAGCGGAUAUUUGCAAGAUUACCCGCAACGAUCAAGUAUUGCAGGUAGAACGUGGCAGGACGAUUGUGUUGGAACCCCACGAUAUCUUGGUGGUGGCCAAAACGUGCAAGGGAUGCGACUUUUUCUAUCAAUUCCAGGUCCUUCCGGUGGCGCAAGAAACGGCUUCCAUUUCCCCCAAUCAGUCGAUGGAAGAUCAAGAUAGUACUGUAAAAGAGGAGGAUGCACCAGAUUCGUUGGCUGUCAUGGACGCAGAAUUGGACGAAUUGGAACAGAAAUUAGGAUUCCGCCCCUAUCGACCUACGCGGACCAUGGGAAGCACUUGCUCCAAUAAUAACAGUACUGCUACUGCCGCUGCUGCUGCCUCGUCCGUCCAGACGCGUCAGUCUCCUACGAACAGAAACAACAUGGCCACUCCCAACAAGCUCUCGCAAGACACGGUCGAUUCCGAAUCCGAAGACGAGACGGACGUCAAGGAUCCCCAAAAGACCACCACCAUGCACGCGACCUUGGCCAAUACCUACUACAAGGCUCUCAAUACCUCCACGCCUCACUUUGGAUCCAGCUUACUCUUGCUCACAAGAAGCAAACAAGAAUUUCCAACCCCCCAUUUGGUGCAAGAUUUGAUCAAGCUAUUGACCUUUGGACCGACCUAUCAUGAAGAUUAUGCGUUUUACGAAGGAAAUCGAUUGCAAUUGGCCCUGGACUAUGUGCAAAUUUUAUUGAGACUGUACCCAAAAGACAUGGGACCACGAUUUUUGCAGGCAGCCCAACAAAUUGCCGGAGAGAAUGGGGAUUAUUGGCGAUUGUGUUUGGAUCAAUUGUCCAUUUUGCCCUACCCACAUUCCAUGACUACUACUACUACUACUACUACUACUACUACUACUACUACGAAAACGGAAUCUUCUGAAGUAGCCGAACGAAAACGAUUGCUGCAAUCCUUGGAAAUGCAUGCGGUAUCCUUGCAAUUCUUUCAGAUUCUACUUCAGCAAACCGAUUUAUUAUCGAGGCAAGAACAAAUUCAUGGCAAUACUGCAAAGGAUUUCAUACGACACUUGGCCCGAAUCAUGGCACAGACAUGGGUCAGUCGAGGACACUAUUUGUUGUUGACUAGCCUGCAAGACCAACCACUGGUCUAUGCCAUAGAACAAGUGACGCAGCUUUUGACACAAGUCUUGGGAUGUGUGGUAAAUCCUGAAUUUGUGGACAAUGAUUUCCAAGAACAAGACCUGGUCGACAUUUUGUGGAACGCCAUGGACGAACAACAGAGGCAGCAGCAACAAUCUUGGCAAGAAAUGCAAACGAAGGACAAGCGUCAAGUAUUGCUCACUUGGAUUUUUCAAUUGGAAGGCUUGUCAAUGACGACAACGACGACAACGUCGACGAACAUAAAAUGGACAAGGGUCACGGAUGGAUUGGUCAAACGAGCCCGACUACGAAAAGAGUACAAUGCACUCGCACUUCCAACCAAGUAA